CCGCUUAAUGUGACACGACACAACACACCGGCGCACCCACCCACCCACACGCACAUACACCCACACAGACUGGGGCACACACACUCAUGGCAUGGAUGCAUCCACGAAUAUGGACAGACAGACAGACAACGUUUAACAAUACAACACCAAGCAGGCAGCCAAGCAAACACACACACAAAUACCUACCGCACAAAUGCCGAUAGAUAAAGUGCUACAAAUACAUACACAAAAUGCUGCCCUGCCUACCUAUACCCACCUACUGGAGAGAGGCAGUACAGAAGCGAUAGACAUGAUCAGCCACUAGUGACUACGGUCGUCCCUCAGAUGUGCAGCACCAUUGCCUCCCCCUCCCUCUCCCUCUACCACGCUCUUAUUGCUCUUUUCCUCCGCAAUCGCCAUCAGGUAGUCAGGUAAUGUCACGGUCACAUUGGUGGUCGCCGUCGCGUUGGUGGUGGCAUGGGAAGGAGGCGGCAGCAUCUUGCCUGCGGGCGGCAUUGGCACAAAAAUGGUGUCCCCUUCCUCCUCCUGCUGCUGCUGCUCGUGACAGGCGGGGCUUCUGACGCGCCGCGACCUGGUCAUCUGCUUGCCGUUCCUGUCGAAGGGCACGGCCGAGUAGUCGAUGCACUGAUAAAUAGGGUGCCACUUCCACCUGGUGAGGCUCAUGGCAUGCUCGAAGCGCACGGCCAGGUGCCGCCUCAUCUCCACACGCUUGCCGCCCUGGGGGUGCGCAUACAGCCGCCAUGAGUGCACCCCCGUCGCACCGUUCCACCUUCAUGUGCCACAUACAGGAUUGCAUCUCUGUCCUCUGUGUGUGUGGUCGGCGCACUCACGAGUAUCUGAGUUUGGGCGUGAGUGUCGCGUCAUAAGGGUGCACUCCUGUGAGCACGAGGAUGGGUCUGUGUGCGGGCCUGCCGACCCACUGGCCCUUGGUGACGCGAUAGGAGGUCAGCUCGUCCCACAUGUAGCUCAUCUCCAGUACCCGCUCUGAGCCAUUUGCCGUCUCAGUGUAGAGGGGGUUCUGAGGGCCGAUCAGCCCUGACCACGCCACGCCCCAGCGGCCUCUCCCACCUGGCAACAUCUGACACGCCACCACCAUCCAUAGACAACGCACCACACACACAUGUGUUCCCUUCCCUGUCUCUGUGCGUGUGUGUGUGUGUACGUCGCUCGUCAUUCGUUCGCUCACCUGCACACUGCCCAUCUCAGAGCUGAAGACCUUCUGCCCUCUGGGGUGAGAGAACUCCCACACCUUCGUGGCGGUGCGUGCCUCGGCGUCGAUCCUGUAGGCGACGCCCCUCGAGUACUGCCUGUCCUUGACCACAUGGCCCGUCCUGAUGUCCUCCAUCCCACCGUUGUCGUACACCGUCAGCACAUCGGGCUCAGCGACGGAUAUGCGGGCGUCAUGCUGCCACCUGAAGCCUGGGUCGUCCUUGAUGCUGAUGGUACCGCCUCUGCCGCCGAUGGACCAGAGAACCUCUCCCGUGCGGCGGCUGAUCUUGAGCACCUUGUGCAGGUGACGCAGGGACACCAAAAUGUGACCGUCGGGCGUCCAGCUCACAUGGUUGCCCUGGUGGGAAGGAAACUCACAGAGAGAGGAUGAGAUGGAUGGGGGGAACGUGUGUGUGGUUGGCGAGGGCAGGGGAUGCCUCACGUGUAGGUGGUCGAUGUUUGCGUUCGGUCCCCUGAGGAUGCUUGUGGCCGUGAACUGCAUGGGCAAGUGCUCCCACGAGCUCCAAAUGAAGACAGGCUUGCCCAUGGGAGUCAACUCUGCAGAGACACCGCACAGCGUACAUUUCAGCAGCGCGUGCGUGCCAGUGCCCAACCCAGCCAGCCACCUGCAUACAGCCCACCCACCUUGUAUCUGCACGCCGAGCACGAGAGUCUCCUCGCCGCCCCAGGGGCCGUGCAGGGCCCUGACCUUGCGCAUAUCGUUGGCCAGCAGGAGCACCCUGCCGUCCGCUGCUAUCUGCAUGCAGUGGCCGUUGCUGCGGGCGUGCUCCACCGGCCGGAUGAACCUGACCUCCUCGUAGCGAUUGUUCAGCACGUGCCAACCAUUCCUUCCACAUAGAUAGAGGGAAGGAGAGGAGCGUAAUGCAUUUGAAGGGGCCAGUGGUGUGUUGCGUGAAUGCAUUACUUGUAGGUGUCAUGGUAGGUGAGCCAUUUGCCGUGGUGUGGUUUGAAGUCCCUGACGGUCCAUCCCAUGCGGCCGUGGUUCUGCUGGCCCAGCCGCCGGUACCACACGGGGUCACCCUCGUCGUUGACUAUCAGCAGAUAGUUCUGAACCGACUUUUUGUAGUGCGCAAUGCUGACAUCAACACAUACAUACACACGCAUACAGACAGGCAGAAGUGACCAUUGUGUGCGUGUUUGUGGGAUGCUUAUAGCAAAAGUUGCUCACCUGGAUAGGAAGAGGUACCCCGGUGCGGGGCUGGGCUCCUUGGCCCUAAGUGUGACUCUGAUGUGGGGGAAGUCGUCGGGCAGCAGCUGGUAGUGCUCCGUGAUGGAAGAAGACGAAUUCCCCUUUCCCUCCCUCCUCCUCUUCCUGCCGCCCUUGCCGUCACUUUGAUCGAACUCGGCGAACUGGUCACUGUAAAUGUCAGGGCCGGUGUACCACUUGUCAGCCUCCGCUCCCUCCCCCUCUCCCUCUCCAUGGACAUCAGCCGAGCCGCUGCCGGCUUCCUCCGAUCCAGUCGUCUCAUUGGCUGCGGUCGGCCCGUAGGCCUCGUCCCGCUCGGCACUGCCGACUUGAUCAGGUGUCCCCUCUCCCUCAUCCUCUCCCUCUGGCUGCAUCUCUGGCGGGCCGGUUGUCGCUUCUGAGCGGUCAAAGGGGACGAACAGAUCGGAGGUGUCGUCGCCACUUGAGCUAUCGUCUUGAUAUUCCAGUUUGGUGGCCGCCUUCGGUCGGAUUUUGUGACCGCCAUGGGGCGACGAUUUCAAUGAGGCCGCAGCGGGCUGCUCGGUGGCCUCAUAAUCCUUGCUCGCCUGAUCCGUCUGGUAACUCUUGUCGCUAUGCUCUUCGUUCUCGUGGGUCUUGUUCCCAUGCUCGUCGCCCCCGUAGGGCUCGACAUCGGUGCUGACAUUGAAGGACCACUGGAAGCCAUCCAGCCAUCGCACAGACCUCUUCCCGUCGUCUGCGUAGGAGCUGUCGUCUGCCGCACCCACAUGGACAUCUGCCCUGAUCGUGACCGUGACGGUCUCGCCCUUGUAGAAAGGAGAGCUGGCCUCAAACAGGACCGUCUUGUGGUCGUCCGCCACCUCCACACUCCCCUCGAUAGCCCCGCUGAGCGACCCCUCCACAAUGAACUUGUUUCUGACGCUCUCAGCAUCGACAAGGCCGCCCUCCCUCACUGCAAUGGUGGCCGUGGGGUGGACGUGGGAGCGUCCUGGGCGGGGGUAGACGUACUCAAAGGACGCGAAGGGGCCCCUCCUCGGCUUGGCGAACGGGAACAUCGACCACACGAUGGCAUCAUCGUCCACAUCCGACGGGCCGUCCUCCCCGAACAUCGCCUGAAGUGACGCUUCGUUUUCUGCAAACGUGUCUGCCGGCUCCUUGUUUCUUGAGGGGUCGUCCGCCGUCGUGAAAGGGUCUUCUGCUGGGGGCGGCGUGGCGCCCUCCUGCGCUGAUGAUGCUGAUGAUGGCAGGACGCUGAAGACAACUAGUAGGAAGAGGGAGAGGCCACACAGAAGCAUCAGGACGCCGUGCACGAGGUCAGCAGUAAAGGGGGGCUCCGAACAUGUUCACCCAGGACAGGAGAGAGUCU